GGGUCUAGCUUUUCACCACAGAAUCUUGAUUUCAACGCUUAAAACCCACGCAGGCUUCAGCUUGCUGCACCCCGGCACCAACAGCAAUACAGAGAUGGCGGUGACCAGGCAGCAUGUUGAAGCGACCCUAAAAUCGAAGCUCAAUCCUUCUCAUCUUGAUGUUGUCGACACGUCUGGGGGAUGUGGUGCGAGUUUCUCUAUUGAGAUCGUAACAGAACAAUUUGAAGGAAAACGACUGCUGGAGAGGCAUAGAAUGGUAAAUGCUGCAUUAGUGGAGGAGUUGAAACAAAUUCAUGCUCUUUCGAUAACAAAGGCCCUGACCCCUGAGCAGUGGAAACAACAAGAGGAUAAAAACUCGCAAGCAUCUGCUUGAAUAUGAUUCACUUGAUAAACCUAUUACGCAUUUAGCAUGUUGCUCUGAUUUCUCUGUUUCAUGCUUCGUAAUGUAAGUUUGUGUUUCAAAUCCUAACUGGAACUGCUACUAUACUAUCAGAGACCGUGUUUGCAAUUUCCCAUGCGUUUCAUAUUGCGGGAUGAGCAUAAAUUCUGAGAAUGAAAACAAUGUCUCUUCAUCA